CGGUCCCUUAGCCACUAAGGAUGAAACUAGCGUGUUUUAUGUUUGUCUUUUUUAAUGUUACAAAUAUCGGAGUAUUCAGAAACCAUUUCCAUCGAUCCAUCUUCAACAAUCUGGAAAUUAGCUAGCUAGCAGAUCAGAUAUGGGUUCAAGUUCAUCUAAAAUUGCUCACGAUUUCUUCCCCAUUGUUCGCGUUUACGAGGACGGCAGCGUCAAGAGGUUUCUGAAUUAUAAGCCGGUCCCGCCGACCGACAACCCGACAACCGGCGUCCGAUCAAAAGACGUCGUCAUCGUACCGGAAACCAACGUCUGGGCACGCCUCUACCUUCCCAGAAUCACCGCCGACGACGACUGCCGGAAAUUCCCCCUGCUGAUUUUCAUCCACGGCGGCGCUUUCUGCCUCGGCUCAGCAUCCGACGAAAAGUACGAUAACUUCCUCCACUCUCUAACGGCGGAAGCCAACACCGUCACCCUUUCCGUCGAUUACAGGCUGGCGCCGGAGCACAAGCUCCCGGCCUGCUACGAUGAUUCCUGGUCGGCCAUCGAAUGGGCAUGGACACACGCCGAGGAUGACGGCGGGAAAUCCGGAACCGAACCGUGGCUGAAAAACCACGCGGAUUUCUCCCGGGUUUUCUUCGCCGGCGACAGCGCCGGCGCCACCAUUGCACACAACAUGAUGGUGAGAGCCGGCGACGAAGAAAAUCUAAAAAUUUCCCCGAAGCCUGUGGGGAUGAUACUUCUGCAUCCAUAUUUGGGGAAUCACGAGAAGAACAAAUUCUUGGAAUACAUUUUCCCCGACACGACCGGUCCGGAGGAUCCGUUGUUUAAUCCGGCAGCUCAUCCUGGUUUGCUGUCGAAGCUCGUGUGUUCCAAGGUUCUGGUCUGUAUAGCGGAAUGGGAUUUCGUCAGAGAGAGCGGGAACACAUACUAUGAAGCACUCAAGAACAGUGAGUGGAGAGGAGAAUUGGAGCUCGAGUAUUCUAAGAGGAGGCCUCAUGUCUUCUUUCUGGGCAAAAGAAACUGUGACCAAGCUCGUUCCUUGAUGAAAAAGAUUGUCUCUUUCAUCAAUAAUCAACCUUAAUCUUCACUAUUUUGUUCAUAUAUCUUUUUAUAAAUCUAGGACUAGUUUAUGAAGUCCAUAAUAUAACCUAGUAAAAUCAAGAAAGAAUGUUUUUUUUUUAAUAGAAUCUUGAACUAUUAAAUA